UAAAACUAACAGUUCAACAGCGACACUCGAGGCAAACGGAUAGCAAAAUUUAUUAAAAGAGCUCCUAAUAAAUAUAUUGAUCGAUAUUUCACAAUGCAGGGCCAUAAAAGGUGCAUUUUUAUAGGUGUGAUUAUCGCAAUCAGUCUGCAGAGCUCUUUAGCCGCAAAUUUGGAGUGCAGUACGGGCACUACCACUGCCACCUGCGCAGAAGGCGUAUCGAAAUGUUUUAUUAAAAGAGCUGCAGAUGGCAGCGUGACACGCGGAUGUGUUACCGAUGACACGUGUCAACCGCCAGCCUGUUUGACGUGUAAUACGAACAAUUGCAACUCCUUCCUGAUGUGCAGGCACUGCGACGCAACACAACCGGAAUGUGCCACAACCAAUGCAACGGCCGAUGCGUACAAUCAACUGUGUGCAGCGAAUCAAGUGUGUCGCAACGAUCUUAAUGGAAACGGAUCAGUGCAACGUGGAUGCGGCGUUGCCUGUGCCAGUGGUGAUACCAGUUGCAAGACUUGCAACACGGACAAUUGUAAUGGGGGCAUUUACCCGGAAGACCGACGAUUAUGCUACCAGUGCUCGGGUGCAACGUGCAACAAUGUGAAUGCGGCCAAUUUGAGUCCCUGUGCAGUCUACAACCAGAAGGAUCAGAAAUGUUACACAAUAGGCACUGAUGAUAAGACUAUGCAACGUGGUUGCACCACGGACACGGAUGCCAAGUGUCCGUUGGCUUCCACUGAUCCCAAUUGUUCAUUUUGUGAUAGUCUGAAUGGAUGCAAUAAUCAGACAUUUGAGAGUGUCCUGGGCGGUUGCAUCAAGUGCAGCGAUGCCGACACUUGCAUCCAAAAUCAGCAGCCGGACAAAGCCACCAACUGUGCCGCCUCCAAUUACACACAGACUGAAAACAGUUGCUACUAUCAACUGCAUGCGAAUGGCACCGUGAGUCGCGGUUGUACCAAUGAACUGAAAGGAACAGGAUGUCUUGCAACAGAGAACUGUGUGCAGUGCAACGGUACGGCAUGCAACGUGCAAGCUGGCACCUUCUCCUGCCUCACCUGUCGCAGUGACAACUAUGCUCCCUGUCGUAAGGCAGAGGUUGGACCCACAAAAUGCACGAACUCAUCUCUCAGUGAUCCAGCAUCAAUGCAAUGCUUCAGUGGCGAGUGGGACGGUGUUGUGCUUCGCGGCUGCCUCAUCGAUCUGGGACCACUGCUGAAGUACCAGUGUGAAAACAAGGACGAUGAUCGCUGUAUGAUCUGCAAGGGACCCAAUUGCAACGAUAAGAAGUACAAUGGUGCCGCCACCUUGCAACACAUGGGAUUGGGACUGAUGGGACUGUUAUUCCUGGUCAGAAAUGCUUUGUAAUCAAUUCUAAGUACUCUUAAUCACACUUUCAAUUCAUCAUCGUACUGUAUACUUCUAUACAAUGAGCUGCCUUUGUAUGUGUGCAUAUGUUAUUUUAUCUAUCAAUAAAAAAAAA